GCCCCACCCAAAAACCCAACCAAAUGAACCAACCGAUUGGGACAAAAUGGCUAUCAAAUGAAAGAUCGCAUAUAUCUAGCUCGCUUUUACUAUCGAGCAUCCCGAAAUUUGGAAGAGACUAAAUUGUUAAUAGAAGCCAAUUACCAUUUUCGCUCCAAGCAUCCCAAUGUGUUUUUCAACCGCGAUCCGGAUAGUGACAGCAUUCAACAAUCUACAGAAUUUUUUCAUAUGGUAACCCUGCCUGGCUUGACAACCGAUAACAGUCGAGUAACGCUUGUCAAAUUAAAAAGUACCGAUGCAAAUAUGAUGCACCAUAUCGAAGAUGUGAAGUACUUGUUCACCUUCUAUGACUAUCGUGUAUCUUUACCUGACGUAGUAGAGAACGGCAAGCCCUACAUUGUAAAUGGUGUUAUACAAAUUGUAGAUAUGAAAGGCAUAACAAUGAGACAUGCAGCCAAGACUUCUUUCACAAUUUUGGCAGCUGCUAUCAAAUAUCUACAGAAAUGUUGUCCUAGUACUCUCAAAGGCUUACAUCUCGUAAAUUGUCCCUCGUAUAUUAAUAGGCUGUUUGCUUGGUGAAGCCAUUUUUAAAAAAGGAAUGGAUUGAAAUGACACAUUUUCAUGUUAACAACUUGGGAACACUUUACAAUUAUGUGCCUCGGGAAAUGCUAACCGAAGAGUAUGGAGGCAAUGCAGGAAAAAUAUCAGAUUUGGCUGAGAGUUCAUUAAAAGAAAUACAGUCAAAAAGAGACUAUAUUAUGGACCCCGAUUACUGGGUGGUGAAAUAAGCUUUUUUUCCUAUAAACUAAUAAUGAAAUGUAGAUAUAGA